CGCGAUGCGCUCAGAGGGAAUUCACAGACUCGGGGAAGCACUUACAGUAGGGCUUUUCAGGUGUAUUGUCUGUUGCACACCAUGAAGGCUGUAGCGGUGAUCCUUGUUCUCGCGGUCAUUUCAGGCUGCCAUGCUCGUGCAGUAUUCCAGGAUGAGCCCAAGACCAAGUGGGAGGAGGCCGUUGACCGCUUCUGGGAGUUCGUGUCGGACGUCAACACCAAGGCCGAUGGCGUGGUGCAGGACGUCAAGAGCUCGGAGAUCGGAAAGGAACUGGACACCCUGAUCCAAGAUGUCAUGGCCGACCUGGCCGUAUACAAGGACGACCUGGAGACCAAGCUGGGCCCGUACGCCAAGGACGCGGCCGAGAAGCUGGGCGAGGACCUGCAGCUGCUGGGGAACAAGCUGCAGGAAGACAUGAGCAACGCCAAGGAGCGCCUGACCGAUUACACCAAGGAGCUGCAGACCAUGGUGGAGCAGAACGCCGACGACGUGAAGAACCGCAUCAACCUGUACUGCCGCAAGCUGAAGAAACGGCUGGGCAAGGACACCGAGGAGAUCCGCAAGAAGGCGGCCACAUACUUCGAGGAGAUGCAGUCACGGGCAGCGCAGAACGCGGAGGCCGUGAGGGACCGGCUGGAGCCGUACUUCACGGAGGCUCGAGAGCGGGCGGAGGAGAAGCUGGGCAGCGUGCAGCAGCUCCUGCAGGCCCAAGCUCAGGACCUGGGCGGGCGCAUCGAGGCCCAGGCCCAGGAGGUGCGCGAGCAGCUGGAGAAGACGGCCGAGGACCUCCGCUCCACCCUGGAGGGCAAGAUGGAGGAGCUGCGCGAUUGGUUCAGCCCUUACGCCGCCAAGAUCCAGGAGCAGCUGCAGGCCGCUGCCGACCACAUGAAGUCCCUGAGCUCCUAAAGGGGAUGAAGGGGCGAACUGCUGUUCUAUACGGACGGGUCGUCACACUCUUCCUUCCCUAGACAACUAAUCUAAGUUCAGCUCACCCACCUCUCAUUGUUAGCCCUAACCUGGUUAGUGUAACUCUGACUCUGAUCCAGGAUCAGCUGAUAAGGGCAAAAAAAAAAAAAAA